AUGGAACGUAAAUCAGUGAAUUUUCACGAAUUUCAUUUACAAAGUGAUAAUUGGGACAAUUAUAUAGAACGACUGAAGUACUGUUUUGAGGCAAACGGAAUCGUCUCGGACGCGGUUCAAAGGGCGAAUUUUUACACAGUUUGUGGUGCAAAUGUAUAUGAGACUGUUUUGGCAUUAAUUACACCUAGAAAAUCUAGUGAUGUGACAUUCGCGGAAAUUGUAACGAUUCUUACGAAGCAUUAUAGUCCGAAACCAAACGAGAUUUCAGUAUCUUUUCAAUUUUAUAAACGCGAUCAAAAAGAAAAUGAAUCAGUAUCAGAAUAUAUCGCACAUAUUAGAAAAAUAAGUGCAGGGUGCAAUUUUACGGACUUGGAACGCAUGCUACGUGACAGACUUGUGUGCGGUAUGAGUGAUAAGAAGUUACAGUAUGAAUUGUUGAAAAAAGACAAUUUACAGUAUUCGGAUGUGGUGGAUGCCAUGCUAUCAUCUGAAAGUGCAGUGAGGGAUGUCCGGAUGAUGCAAAGUGUGACCAGCACUAACUUUCCUGUCUCCAGAGAUUUAUUUUCAACUACUGCAGCGGUAACAUCAUCAUCAUGCGAACCGAUGGAUGUCAAUGCCGUGAAAUCGCAAACUAAUAUUAUAUUUUGUUACCGAUGUGGCGAUCGUCAUGGUGGUGUGUGUCGUUUCAUAAAUGCUGUUUGUAAUUUUUGCAAGAAAAAGGGACAUAUUGAAAAAAUUUGCUCAGCUAAAAAGAAAAGCCGUAAGGGCAAUAUAAAUUAUACACAAGAGUUAGACACACAUCUUAACGGCAUUUAUAAUUUGGACAGUUUGACUUCACGGGUACCGGCGUAUAGAAUAAAACUUCUAUUGGAUGGUGUGCCAGUGAUCAUGGAGGUGGACUCUGGAUCUGCUUUCUCAAUCUUGAAUGAAAACACAUGGAUGCAAUUACACCCUCGAACUAUACUAGACAUAAUGCCUAACAAGUUACGUACGUGGAACAACUCUCCGGUACAAGUAAUGGGACAGGCUACAGUACAAGUGCAAUUUAAAGACAUUAAGUGUAAUUUGAAUGUUGUUAUAGCUAAGGGCACGGGCCCAAAUCUAUUAGGUCGAAACUGGUUUAAAGCAUUGGAUAUUACUUUAAAUACUAUUCAUAUGAUUGACAUUGAUUUGACAGAUAUUGAUAAAGUACUUAAUAAAUAUAAUACUGUUUUCAGAGAAGGGCUUGGUACAUAUAGAGGGAACCCUGUAAACAUACAAAUUAAGCCUAAUACCGUUCCUAAAUUUUUAAAAGCUCGACCAGUGCCUUUUGCGUUAAAAGAAAGGAUUGAAAAGGAAAUCGAUCGUUUAGUUGGGGAGGGGGUACUUCGCCCCAUAUCUUUUUCAGAAUGGGCGACACCAGUAGUUCCUAUAGUAAAAAAAAAUGGAGACAUACGACUUUGUGGAGACUAUCGAAGUACGGUAAAUCAAGCUACUGAGUCAGAUACAUACCCAAUGCCCACGGCUAGUGAAGUCUUUGCAGUUAUUACAGGUGGUUCUUAUUACACGACACUUGAUUUAGACAGAGCAUAUACGCAAGUGGUGGUCACAGACGCCACAGCGAAGUUUUUAACUUUGAAUACAUGCAAAGGAUUGUACACCGUACACAGAUUGGCAUUCGGCGUGAAGGCCUGUCCGGGAAUAUUUCAACGCUUGAUGACAGCACUGCUAGCAGGCAUACCAGGUGUAGCCGUGCUGAUUGAUGACAUCAUCAUUAGCGGCCGCACAUUGACAGAAAUGACUCAACGUCUUGAAAUAGUACUGGAUCGCAUUGAAAGAGCAGGAUUGCGUCUUAAUAAAGACAAAUGUAAAUUUGCUAAAAGACGCGUGGAGUUUUUAGGUUUUGUGAUCGAUGCGGAUGGUAUUCAUCCAGCUCAGAGCAAAGUUGAAUCGAUUCUUAAAACUCCGGAACCUAAAAAUAUACAGCAGUUACAAGCAUUUUUAGGCCUCUAUAACUUUUACGAGAGGUUCAUACCUCACAAAGCAACUAUUCUUGAACCUCUACAUAGAUUACUCGAUAAGUCACAGAUGUGGCAAUGGACUGACCGGGAACAAAAUAGUUUCGAUACCGCCAAGCGUUUACUUUCUUCAGAGUUGACUCUUGUUCAUUACGAUCUUAAUAAGCCAUUGGUUCUUACCUGUGAUAGCUCUGAGUACGGCGUCGGCGCUGUAUUAUCACACAUAAUGGAGGACGGAACAGAGCGACCUGUUGCGAUGGGCUCUAGGACUUUACAUGCGCAUGAGAGGCGUUAUUCCCAAUUGGAUAAAGAGGCCACUGCUAUCAUUUUUGGGGUAGUUAAAUUUCACAAUUAUUUGAUGGGAAGGCCUUUCACAAUAGUUACAGACCACAAGCCAUUGCUUGGUAUAUUUGAUCCUCAAAAGCCAAUGCCAGCGAUCUUGUCACCUCGGUUAACUAGAAUUGCGUUAAUACUCACGUCACACAACUACAAUAUUGUUUAUAAGCCAGGUAGACUAAUUGGAAAUGCGGAUGGUUUAAGUCGAUGGCCACAGCCAGUUCCAGAUCAACCAGAACAACAGCAUUGUGAUGUUUUGCUUAUGGCGGAGACGCCUGCUGAUUUUCCAGUGGAUGUUGAUCUCAUAGCAUCGGCAACGAAGAGAGACCGAACUUUAUCGCGAGUAAGUCAUUACGUACUAAGCGGUUGGCCUGACAGAGUCACGGACAGUGAGCUGCGUCCGUAUUGGUUACAUCGUACUGAACUCUCAUUUCAUGAAGAAUGUAUUUUAUUUGGUUGUCGCGUAGUGGUGCCACCAUCGUUGCGUGAGCCUUGCCUAGGUGCCUUACAUAAGACACACGCUGGGGUCGUGCAAACAAAGGCAUUGGCCAGAAGUUACGUGUGGUGGCCGCAAUUGAAUCAUGACAUUGAAGUUUUAGUAGGGGAAUGCUCAAAAUGUUUAGAAAACAGGCACAUGCCCCCUAAAACAAGCUGUGAAUGGAUUACACCAACUAAACCAUGGUCUCGAAUAAAUGUAGACUUUGCCGGACCUUUUCAAAACAAGACAUUUCUGAUUGUCGUCGAUGCCUAUUCGAGAUGGCCUGAGGUUUUUAUUGUAAACAAUAUGACUUCUGGAACAGUUAUUCGACAUUUAAGGAAUAUGUUUGCAACACAUGGAUUGUGUGAAACUUUAGUUUCAGAUAAUGGAACAGCAUUUGUAUCGACAGAAAUGAAAAUAUUUCUUGAAGCGAACAAAAUUAAACACGUCACUACAGCACCUUAUCACCCGGCUACUAAUGGUUUAGCUGAAAGGAUGGUCCAAACCAUUAAGGAUAAACUACGAAAGAUGGAUGACAUCCCAUGGGAUAUCAAACUUCCUAACAUUUUACUAGGUUUACGUGUUACACCUUGUACAGCAACUAAAAAGAGUCCAGCGGAACUUUUAAUGAAUAGGCGCCUACGUACUUUGCUGGAUACACUACAUCCUGAUAAUCGCCAGCAACGAAAAAGAACACAACAAAUUAUUAGUAACGCUCAAAAAAUUAAUAGGGAAUCAGAGACAGGCCAGAAUGUUAUGUAUCGGAAUUAUGGUAAUGGGCCAAGAUGGUUACCAGGAACUAUAGUAAAUAGAAAUGGACCAUCUAGUUAUGAGAUUACUACAGAAGAUGGAUCUUUGAUAAAUAGACAUAUUGAUCAAUUAAUUAACAGAAGACAAUCUGAAAUGAGUGCGAUAACCCGGAGAGAGGAUGAAGAGAUGUCCAAGAAGCAAGAUAUCACAGAUAAUAGUGAAAUAAUGGACAAUGACUUAGCAGAGGAAAUUACUGGCUAUAACUUAGAAAAAGAUAAGACAGAUAAUGAGGUAAGAGAAGAAAUUAUUGAAAUACCUAGUCAGGAGAAAUGGGCGGAAAUGUUAGGUAUACCAACUAAUAUGGAAGUAACUUAUUCUGGGGGAAAAAUUAGGAAUAAAAUGAAUGUUCAUUCUAAGUUACCAUAUGAGAGACCUAGUAAUAAUUUUAUAGCUUAA